AUGGAAGUAAAUGGUGAGUGUUUAAACGUCACCUUGGGUGACAUAGAAAAAGAUACAAUGAAAAAUAAUUUAAAUAUAAAUAAUAAAAAUAAUGAGCUCUUAAAUAAUAAGAAAAAUGGUUAUAAAAAUAAUAUAAAGAAAAAGAAGAAAAAAAUUAUAAAGGAAAAUAAUGGGAAUGAACAAAAUAAUGGGAAUGAACAAAAUAAUGGGAAAGAACAAAAUAAUGGGAAUAAACAAAAUAAUGGAAAUGAACAAAAUAAUGGGAAUGAACAAAAUAAUUGCAAUAAUACUCUUACUCUAAAGAAUGAAGAAAAUUAUAGUAAGAUAUUUAAAACACAUAGAAAUAAAAGAAAUAAUAAAAAUGAUGGUAUAGAAAAACAUAAAGGUGAUGUAAUAAAAAAUGAAAGUGAUGUAAUAAAAAAUGAAAGUGAUAUAAUAAAAAAUGAUGUAACAAAACGUAAAAAUUAUUUAACAAAACAUAAAAACUAUAUAACAAAACCAAAUGAUGAAAUAAUUAAAGAAGAUAAGAAUAACAAUUUAAUUAAAAUGAAUGGAUAUAAUAUAAAAGAUAUAAGAAGAAAAAAAAAAGACAAUAAUAAAGAAUACAUAAGAGACCAUAUGAAAAAAAAAAAAGAUAUAAUAAUAAAUAAUAAAGGAAAAAAAAAUAAUACUACUAAUAAUAAUAAUAAUGAUAUUAAUAGUAAUAGUACUAAUAAUAAUGAUAUUAAUAGUAAUAGUACUAAUAAUAAUGAUAUUAAUAGUAAUAGUACUAAUAAUAAUGAUAUUAAUAGUAAUAAUAGUAAUAAUAAUAGUAACGAGUAUACAAAAAGAAAGAAUACAUACAAAAAACAUUUAAAUGAACCCUAUAAAAAUGAGAAUAAUAAAAAGAAGGUCAAUGAAAAGAAAUACAAUAAUAAUGUGUAUAUUAAUAAUAAUAUAAAGAAAAAUCAUGUAAACAAAAAUAAAAAUGAAAAUUAUUUACAAAAUGUGUGGUUAUUUUUGUUUGAUAAUGAGGUUAGAAAAGAAAAUGAACAAUGCGUGGGAAAAAUUAUAUCACUGGAUACUUUCAAUACGAUAGAAAAAUUUUACAAGAACUAUAAAUAUAUGAAAUCGCCUUCCGCUAUUAAAGAAUACUACAACAUUUAUCUUUUUAAACAUAAUUUUAGACCCCUAUUUGACGAAUAUCCAAAUGGUUUUAUUUGUACCGUUAAAAAUGCCAGUCAUUUUAAAAAUGACAACGUUGAUUUAAUAUGGGAAAAAAUGGUUCUUUUGGCAAUAGGAGAAGAAUUUAGCUUAAUCGACUUGUGUGGUCUACAAUUGUGCAUAAGAGAUAAUGAAAUGUUUUUUAAAAUAUGGAUGAAAAAUUAUUCAAACUAUCUAAAAAAUAUAUUGAUUAAAAAAUUAAAGGAUCUCCUAGAUUUGCCCAGCAACACAUCUCUCGUUAUAAGAAACUUAUCCAAUGUAUACAAUAACAAAAAAAAUCAACAGGGAAAGGAAAAAAAUGAAAAGGCUAAAAAGAAUUACAAUAAAAAUAAUAAGGGCUCAGAAUUUGCAGCUAGUAAAAAGGAUUCUUUAAAAAUGAAUAAUUAUCCAAACAUAGUACCUCCACAAAAUUAUCUAGGAAAUUACAAUGUUUACAAAUACAACCUAGAUAUGAAUUUGUUUUAUUUAUAUAAUAAUCAAAAUAUGCCUAACCCUUAUAUAUACCUUCCUGUUAAUGUAGCUAGUAAUCAACUUAAUAAUAUUUAUCCAGAUUAUAUGUACGACAGUAAUAUGAACUAUCCUAUAGAUAUAUAUAAUAAUAAUAAUAAUAAUUUAUUAAGUAAUGAUAUAAAUGCACCAACUAAUUGUGUAAAUAAUAAAAUGAAUGGAUCAGCUAUAAUAGAAAAAAAAAAUAAAAUUGAUUAUGGAUUAAAGAAUAAUGAGGAUUAUAAAAAAAAAUAUAUGUAUUCCUUAAAUUCUAAUGAUAUAUAUGAAGAUAGUAAAAGUAGUACAUGUAUUAAAUCCGUAAAUACCGAUGAUGAAUAUGAAUAUAAUAAUAGUAGUAAUAAUAAUAAUAGCAAUUAUUUAAAUAACAAACAAAUAUAA